AUAUUUCUGAUGAUAAUACUACUAUUGGAUUGGAUGAUUCGUUCUUUAUAAACCCAAAGAAGCGUAAACAAAAGAUAUCUUACGAAGAGCGCAUCGAAGAAGACAGAAAGAGAUCCGAAUUAGAACUUCUUGUUAUAGAUGAUGAAGGAAAUAACCAUUUUGAUAUGAAAGAGAUUAUCAAAAAUGAAAAAAAGAGGAAAAAGAGGAAUCAGAAAGAUGUUCAAGAAGACUCUUUUGAAAUUAAUGUCAAUGAUUCUCAAAUUAACGAAAAAACAAUAAUUAAAUGUGAUACGGGCGAAGAGUUUGACCAAGAAGCCUUGAGAAAAUAUCAAUUGGAGCGAUUAAAGAAGGAUAUUGAUGAGAUGGAUUUUAAAGCAUAUCUUGCUUCACCUAGCGAAGGAUCUGAUGAAGACGCCGAAACACCUUUGCAUAAAUACAAAAAUCUUGUUAACGAAGCAGAUAAUGAUCAUUCUGAUGAUGUGGAUAUGGAGAUUACAUUUACUCCGGGACUAAACGAAAAAGCUACAGACCAA